AUGUCUUCUUCUCUUGAACAGCUCAAGGCCGCUGGCACCGUCGUUGUUUGCGACUCUGGUGACUUUGCCACCAUUGGCAAGUACAAGCCCCAGGAUGCCACCACCAACCCUUCCCUGAUCCUCGCGGCUUCCAAGAAGCCCGAGUACGCCGCUCUCAUCGACGAGGCCGUUGCCUACGGCAAGAAGCAGGGAGGCAACCUCGACGCCCAGGUCGACGCUACCCUUGACCGUCUCCUGGUUGAGUUCGGCAAGAAGAUUCUUGAGAUUGUCCCCGGAAAGGUCUCGACCGAGGUCGAUGCCCGCUUCUCCUUCGACACCCAGGCCUCGAUUGACAAGGCCCUCCGCAUCAUCCAGCUUUACAAGGAGAUCGGUAUCCCCAAGGAGCGCAUCCUGAUCAAGAUUGCCUCCACCUGGGAGGGUAUCAAGGCCGCCGAGGUCCUCCAGAGAGACCACGGAAUCAACUGCAACCUGACCCUCAUGUUCUCCAGCGUCCAGGCCAUCGCCGCCGCCGAGGCCGGUGCUUUCCUCAUCUCCCCCUUCGUUGGUCGUAUCCUUGACUGGUACAAGGCCGCCCACAAGCGCGACUACACCGCCCAGGAGGACCCCGGUGUCAAGUCCGUUCAGGGCAUCUUCAACUACUACAAGAAGCACGGCUACAAGACCAUCGUCAUGGGUGCUUCCUUCCGUAACGUCGGCGAGAUCACCGAGCUGGCUGGCUGCGACUACCUGACCAUCUCGCCCAACCUCCUUGAGGACCUCCACAACUCCACCGAGGCUGUCCCCAAGAAGCUGGACGCCGCCAGCGCCGCCAGCCUGGACCUCCCCAAGCGCAGCUACAUCAACGACGAGGCUCUGUUCCGUUUCGAGUUCAACGAGGAGGCCAUGGGCACGGAGAAGCUCCGGGAGGGUAUCUCCAAGUUCGCGGCCGACGCCGUCACUCUCAAGGACAUCCUCAAGUCGAAGAUCCAGGCUUAA